AUGGUUCCAAAAGACUCCGAAUUCUGGAAGUGGGACAUCCAUCCGGGUUCCGAUCACCACCCAGUGUACAUCGCAGCACUGUCCAAAGACAAGCGCACAGCAACCUGUCUCCAGACGACAAGCUUCAACGAUCAGACGAUCCAGGACAGGUUCCGGAGCCCCGAGAACACAAGUCGACGACGGUAUCUGGCUAUGCAACAUGAAAACACCGUACCACAUAGCGCAGACCCGGUACUCCAGAUGACAACGGGCCAGAAGAUGAAAAAGCAAAGUUACAUUCAUCUCGACCACUUCUUCAAGAUUGAGACGCAAUGCCUGGUCACCUUUGCCGACGGCAAGAAGUACCUCACCGAGGCUUCUGCAAGCAUUGUUCAACAACGCUUGGCCGAUUUCAUCCAAGGCAAGAUCACGAUCAAUCACGAUGCCCUCAUCCGAUCAUCGAUAGCCGACCGUUACUACAAGCCAGAGGACCUCAACCUGCCAUCCUCACCAGCAACACUACCAGCAGCAGUCGUAGCGACAUCGCCAGCCAAGAAGACACUCAGACGCUCAUUCGACCAAGCGUUUGAGCCCUCGACGUCUUCGACAGAGCCGGUGGAGCGGCAGAUCAAAGCUGCUCGCCGGUCCCUGGCGCCUCGGAUGGGACCGUUCCAGUCUUCUUCGAAGCUGCACAAGAUGGAACAACCAUGGCGUCGUAUGGCUGCUGCUGUGCAAUGA